AUGUCUUUGAUGGUUGAUAAUUUCAACCCAAAGCAGUCUACCAAAGCUGGUGCUAAGCCUGUUUAUGGAAAGAGUACACCACAAUUCACAAAGACAGUUGCAGAGAUUGUCAAUACAUUGAUCAAUGCAUAUAAAGAAGGAAAGAAGGUCAAUCUUCUCAAAGUAAAGGCUGAUCUCUCCGCCAAGAACUCAUUGUCAGAUCAACCAAAGACAGUCGAUAUUAUCUCUGCAAUUCCCGAAGAUUACAAAGCUGCUCUGCUACCUGCAUUAAAAGCAAAACCAGUUAGAACUGCAUCAGGUAUCGCAGUUGUAGCUGUUAUGUGUAAACCACAUAGAUGUCCACAUCUUGCAAUGACUGGAAACAUUUAUUGUCCAGGUGGACCAGAUUCAGAUUUCGAAUACUCUACACAAUCAUAUACAGGAUAUGAACCAACAUCGAUGCGUGCAAUUAGAGCACGUUACAAUCCAUAUCUCCAAACAAAGAGUAGAAUCGAUCAAUUGAAGCGUCUUGGACACAGUGUUGAAAAGGUAGAAUUUAUUAUUAUGGGUGGAACAUUCAUGUCAUUGCCAGCGGAAUACAGAGAUUACUUUAUUAGAAAUCUACACGAUGCACUCUCUGGUCACUCUUCAAACAACGUGGCUGAAGCCGUGAAAUACUCGGAGCAAUCCAAUACCAAGUGUAUUGGUAUCACCAUCGAGACACGUCCAGAUCAUUGUUUGAAAUUGCAUCUCGGUAACAUGUUGAACUACGGUUGCACUCGUUUGGAGAUCGGUGUGCAGUCAGUGUUUGAAGAUAUUGCAAGAGACACCAACAGAGGACACACUGUUCGUGCUGUCUUGGAGUCAUUCCAACUCGCCAAAGACAGUGGAUUCAAGGUGGUUGCACAUAUGAUGCCAGAUCUUCCAAACAUGGGUAUGGAGCGUGAUGUAUAUGGAUUCAUGGAAUUCUUUGAAAAUCCAGCAUUCCGUGCCGACGGUCUCAAGAUUUACCCAACACUGGUCAUUCGUGGUACUGGUCUCUACGAACUCUGGAAGACUGGAACCUACAAGAACUACUCGCCCGACAGUUUGGUCGAUUUAAUUGCAAAGAUUCUCGCUCUCGUUCCACCCUGGACUAGAAUCUAUCGUAUUCAACGUGAUAUUCCAAUGCCACUGGUUACCUCUGGUGUAGAGUACGGUAAUCUUCGUGAGCUUUGUCUUGCUAGAAUGAAGGAUUUCGGUACCAAGUGUCGUGAUGUCAGAACCAGAGAGGUCGGUAUUCAAGAGGUUCACCACAAGAUCAAGCCAGAUCAAGUCGAGUUGAUUCGUCGUGAUUACACUGCCAACGGUGGUUGGGAAACAUUUUUAUCGUACGAAGAUCCAAAGCAGGAUAUUUUGAUUGGUUUGUUGCGUCUCAGAAAGUGUUCAGAGACCACAUUCAGACCAGAGCUCAAGGAGAACUGCUCCAUCGUUAGAGAGCUACACGUCUAUGGUAGUGUCGUACCAAUUCACAACCGUGAUCCAACCAAAUUCCAACAUCAAGGUUACGGAACAUUAUUGAUGGAAGAGGCAGAGAGAAUCGCCAGAGAGGAGCACGGAUCAGUUAAACUCGCUGUCAUUGCUGGUGUUGGUACACGUCAUUACUAUAGAAAAUUGGGUUAUGAAUUGGAUGGACCAUAUAUGAGCAAGUCAUUGAUUUAA